AUGGAAAACACGAACAUUCCUCGAGUAUUCAACAUAAAAAUACUAGGCUUAACCUUUGAUUCAAAACUAACAUGGCAAACUCACAUAAACAACAUAAAAAAUGAAGCAAAAUCUAAACUCAAUAGAAUAAAAACACUAAGUAACCACGAAUGGGGUGCAGAAAGCAAAACAUUACAGACAAUACACAACUCAAUAAUCCUCUCAGGACUAGAAUAUGGCUCAAUACUAUAUGCAGGAGCAUCUGCGGUUACAAUCAAAACUUUAGAUCCUAUUCACAAUACAGCCCUAAGAUUGUCAAUUGGUGCUUUCAAAAGCAGCCCAGUUCUCAGCAUCAUAAACAUCACAGGCUCUAAAUCAGUUGAAAAAAGGAGAAUAAAACAUACAUUGGAAUACUCUUCAAAAACAUUAAAAGCAACAAAAAAUCCCUUCAGCACUAUAUUAAGAAACUCAAUCAACCAAUUCCAAAAUAACGAUAUAAACAAUCUUGGCACUCGUACAGCCACCUAUGCCUCAGACCUCAAUAUUACUUUUACAAACCAAAUUAUCCUCAAGUCUCUGAACAACCACCAUGGAUUACCUCAAAUCUUCUCAUCUAUCUCAACCUAA